CAACCGUUGAGACAUUUAAACAGUCAGCUGUCAGAAAGACACGGAGCGACCACACUGCCUGCCGUCUCAAACUGUUGGACUCUUGAGCUACUAUGCAGCAUGACUCCAUGAGGACCUCGCCCGUGUUUCUCGUCUCUAAAAGUAGAGCCUCCCCGAGACCCACCUGCGACACCCCCGCCCCCGAAAACUUUGCUGAGACGCUGCCGACAGAAAUGAGUGCGAAGAUCUUUGGCGAGCUGGAAGCCAGGAGUCUGUGCAGCGCCUCCCGGACCUGCAAAUUGUGGCACUACAUCAUCGAGGAGAGCGACCAGGUGUGGAGGAGGCAGUGUCUGCUGGUCGGAGCUGUCUGUCAGAGGGAGGUCGACAGCGACAGGAGAGACGGCCUGUCCUGGAAGGUCACACUGGUGAAGAACUACACUCGCAGCCGUUUGAAGAAGGACUGGCUGAGAGGUCGCUACAGCCACGUGAGAUCAGCGGAGGAGCUCAUUGGCAGGAAGAUGGUGCCGCUGGACGCUGAGACCUGGGGGGAGAUCCUGCAGGCCGAGCUGGACCGAUGAGCGAUGGCCCAUUUCGAAUUUUUAUUCAAAGCACCUCUGUCACUUCUUUUACUCUAAUAUAUUUUAUAUUUACGAAUAUACACAAACAAUUGUACAUAGUUUUUUUUAAAAUACUUUUUUAAAGAAAAAAAAAACAUCAUGGAGAACUUUAAUUUCUUUGAUGUAAAAAUGGCUGAGCUGCAAUAAAUCAUAAAUGUGUUGUUUUUGUUUGUCAGAGAGAAGUUAAUUCAACUGUUAUUUGCAUUCAGUGGCGGGGGAGUAUUGUGCAUUUCCUUUUUCUUAAUUGUAUUGACCCACGCAACUUAUGGAUCACAGCCUACACGUGGCUUUACACUGGACUGCACACCACAACAAAGCUACAGCUGUUCAACAAAAAUACAAUGAUAAAACAGUAUUUUAAAUGCUAAUCCUCAUAUCUCUCAGAUUGAUGAAGAAAGGAAGGACAGAAGGAAACUAAUGGAAUGAUGGGGAAAUGGAUGAUAUAUACAUUUUUGUUAAUCAUGAUUUGAAUUAAAUUUUCCCAAAAACUA